GUUUGGAUUUCGAGUAUGAAUCUAUGUUCACUACUGCUCGCUAUUCCCUAACAAUUUUCUGUUUGAGAAACUUCGCAAUCAUCUUCUUGAACAAGAGCAGCAGGUUCUUUAUCUCGGCUCCUAGGGCACUUCAUCUAUCCAUCAGGCUUUCGGUGCUGCCACUUCUUUUCCCGGGCAGUCCGCCAGUUCACAGCUGGCCCAACAGAUGCAGGGGUCUCAUCCGUCGGCGAGCCAGCAGCAGCGUCGUUUAGGGCAGCCGCAACGAGGCCGUGGACGUGGUCGCGGCAGGGGGCGUGGUGGCAGGGGCAGAGGUCGAGGACAACAGGUGCAGCCCGUGUUUUGGUACCCGCAACAGACUAAGGUGGGUUACAGCGCGGCAAGGGGUGGAUCCUCCGUUCCAGCUGGGUAUGCUCCACAUCCAGGGGGUGUGCAAACUACGGCUUACCAUCAGAAGGGGGUAUUCUUGGUUCUGUUCCCCAUCCUGUUGUAUGUCAAAUUUGCUUUUCUGUAGGCCAUUCUGCUGUUACUUGUCCCCCACGCUUUACUCAGCCUUCUGCUCCUGCUUUGUUGACUACUCCUGGGGAUUCUAAUCCGGCCAUAUGGUAUCCUGACUCUGGAGCUUCUGCUCACAUGACUGCAUCUGAAGGACAAAGCCUUGGAGGUGGUGCUUCUGCGAGCUACCAGUAGUGAGCCACCCUAUCCUCUCCGUUUGCCAGAUUUUCCAUCCGUAGCUUUAGCCUCUGUUUUAGUGUCUGGCCCUGUGUGGCACCGUAGAUUAGGUCAUUGUGGUGAUACUAUUUUACAGUUUCUUAAACGAAAACUAUUUUUAUGUAGUCAUACU